CUCGAUAUUUAGUGGCCUGUCAUCGCCAGCUUUAUGUAAAAGCCAUGUGAAAUGAUAGAUUGCGGCGGAACUUUGGACCUUGCAGAAUGGCCAGUACCUUUGUUCCUGUGGACUUAGACAAGCUAUUAGAUGAAUUUGAAGAAAAGGAAGAAGAACCAAAGCUAGAUCAAACCAGUACAGUCAAAGUGUUAGCUGUUGACAGAAAGCGAGUAGCAACACAGAGUUUUCAGUCUCCAUUCCCUUCAAUCCAAGAAGAGGUAUUGUCAGAUCAGGAGCCUGACCAAUAUCCUGCCGACAGCAAGAAGGACGUUGAUGAUGACAGUGAUGAUAGCAGUAGUAUUAAUGGAGUGAUUCAAGCAGCUGAAGCUAUUACUAAUCAAAAUGUGGCUAAAAAGACUUUGAGGGAUGAACUAGAAGAACUGGAGGAAAGUGUGGUCUCCCUACUUGUUGAUAGUACUUUGCAGGAAAAUGCACAGGACACUUCUGAGAGUGUUAACACAGCUGGGCACUUUGACUUGAAUGGUGUGGAGCACACAAACCACCAUGUCAGCUCACUUGAUGAUGGGGAGAGCCUAUUGAUGACUCAAGAAAGGAGUGAUAGAGCAUCUGAUGGCCAGGAAGCAAACAGUUAUAAUUUUGAUCAUGUAGACAAACAAAUCAAUGGUGACAUUGAUGAGUCAAGAUUACACUCAGCAGUGGUAGCAAAUGGUGUUGCUGAGCACACACAAGAUUUAGAAUUUGUAGGCUGGACUGAAGAUACAUCUAGAGAUAACUCAGAACAGCCAGGAGACGAUGAGGCUAGCCAGUAUGGUUUGAAUGAAUUUGUUGUUUCAGAACAAGGGGAGACUCUUGAACAAUCGUCAACCACCUCUGUUUUGCAUCCCCAGGAUGUUGGUACAUCUGCCUAUGGUAGUAAUGUAACAUCAUAUGACCAAUCUCAAGGUGAACGUCUUUGUGAACCUGGAUUGUCUAACGUGCCAGUAGCUGGUGCACAGUUUGAAACUUAUUCUACAUAUUCUGAUCAAACUCAUAUGACAGAAACACAGGAUUUUUAUGCACAGAAUGAGAAUGCAGAUUCUGGUGCUUCUUUUCAAAAUGACCCUACGAUAACAAACAUGUAUAAUGGUUCAGAACAAGAGAGUUUUGACACAGGUAAUCAGUUUAGCCAAGUCCAUCGCGAUGAAGGUACACAAUCUCCUCAAUUAACCAUGACAUUGCAGUCUCAAGGAGCAGUUGAGGCUCGCCGUAUCACCUCAGGAGAAGCUUGUCUUGGCAGAGUGCCACCCAUCUGGGUGCCUGAUUCUGUAGCUACUCACUGUAUGAACUGCGGGUUGAAAUUUGGUGUUUUGAAGAGGAGACAUCACUGCAGAGCUUGUGGAAAGGCUCUUUGUUCAUCUUGCUGUAAUAUGAAGUUUGUUUUACCUUAUCUGGACAACAAGGAAGGUCGUGUUUGCCAAGUCUGCUGUAGUGCCCUCUUAAGAGCUCAGGCAUUAUCAGAGGUGAUGGAGAGCCAAGAGGAUGACAAUCUCAGAAAUCAUUUUGACAGUGUGCCAGUUGAUUUGCUGACAGAAGAUGUUUUAGAAGAACAUGAAGACUUGCCAGCUGACCAACAAGAGAUUGCAGAAUGUGCAGAGGCCUUAGGAGAUGAAUUUGAUUCCACAGAGUUACCUGACCCAGGAGUGGAUGCUGCCACAGCACCAUCCUCCUCUCCCCCAGUUCUUCCUCCACUACAAAUUCCAGAGCUGCCACCCACAGAUGCACCUAGCACUCCAUUAUCCACACCAACAUCCCCUGCUUUGUCUGAUGACAGUGAUUGCCUGUUUCGAUUGGAUGUUGACAAUGUGCGGUCAUUGUUGCCACAAGAUAUAACUGCACUGCCACCAGUUUUAAGAGUUACAAAUGAAGAGAUAUCAAUUCAAGAGAGGCCUGAUCCUGCAGAAAUCAUGCAUCAGCUGAAAGGUCUUCAUGAAACUGUUGUAUUUCUGCUGAAUAAGAACCUAGUUGUUAAAGUCAGUUUAGUGAAAUUGAGCUGUUGUGUGAAGCGCAAAUGCUGGUGUUUUGUUACAGAAGGGAUGGGGGCAGCUAACCAAGAAGAGAUGGUGGUCCUGUUGGAGUGUCAUCGCAAAGAGACAAUGCUUCCAAAGGAUGUCCUUUCACACUUCAAUACAGCCUUUGCAUAUGCAAAACAAGGUCACACUGUGUCUGAACUUGGCUACACAAUUUUUGGUCAACCAUUUCUUGGCAGUGAUGACAAUGCAGGCUUCCUGUAUGUAAAACCAUCAUUUCAGUGUUUGAAGAACAUCCCUGUUCCGUCCACUCCUUAUGUCAUAGGAGUGUUGAUAAAACGUCUGGAAGCGCCAUGGGCCCAGUUGUUUCCUUUAAGGCUGCAACUAAGACUUGGAGCAGAGUUCAGAUAUUAUCCCUGUCCAUUAUUCAGUUCAAGAAGCAGAUCGACAGUAUAUGGUGAAGUUGGCCACACAAUCAUGAAUCUGUUAGCAGACUUCAAGAAUUUCCAGUAUACAUUACCAAGAGUUACAGGGCUUCUCAUACACAUGGAAGAAAAAAAGACCUUAGUUAGAUUGCCUCAAGACAGAUAUGAUGAGGUAGUAAAGAUUCUCAAUGCCACUGAUGAGCAUGUCAUGGCCCUUGGAGCCAACUUCAGCUUAGAAGCAGACUCACAUCUGGUGUGCAUGCAGAAUGAACAAGGCUACAAAACUCAAGCAAUCAACAUACAAAAUCAAGCUAGGAAAGUAACUGGAGCAAGCUUUAUUGUAUUUAGUGGGGCACUUAAGCCUAGCAGUCCAUUUAUGGCAAAAGUCAACAUUGUAGAAGAUGGCAUUAUGGUCCAAUUGAUGCCAGAAGUGAUUGGAAAGUUAAGAAAUUCUUUGAAAGAAAUGCAGGACUAUGCAAUUACUACAGGGGUUCCAGGUGGGGCAGGUGAAGAACAAGUCAUUGUGGAGUGGGUCAGUCGUCAAAAUACUUCAGAGCAAGCAAGUUUGCACAGCCCAAUAGACGGUUUAAAGCUAGAUUCUUUUCCAAGUGUCAAGGUCCACAGUGGAUGUAACUUCACACGCAAGAAUGUAUUUAGAAUACAAUGGACAGAGGUGUUCUUUUUGGUCGAAGGACAACAGAGUGCAUCGAGGGACCUUAAUAAACUCACUGGAGAGCUGGCAAAGGCUUUUUGCCAGACACUCAUGCCUCACUUGUCCAAAAUGAGCUCAGAUGGGUGUACAUCUGUUGGAUUGAGAGUAAAUUUGGAUCCUGAUAAUGUUGGUUAUCUUUCAGGAAGCAAUCAGCAAUUCCUCCCAGCUAAUAUUAUGGUAGAUCUUGACAAUGUAUUAGUUCCUGUGAUACAUGCUGCUGUAAAUCAACAAAGAAGGCAUUCAUUAAGUGUAGAGUUGUUGUUUAAAGUUUUGAGGCUGCUCUGACAGACAUUGGCAACAAUAUCUGUAUAGCCAUGUUGGUUACCUCAUGAACAAGAAGCGACCCAAAGACAGGAAGGGGUCAAAGGACCUUUUCAGAAUACAUGAAAAGAUUGGGCAAAAAAAGGAGAGAAUAAAUGUGAUAUCUGUAAUAAUGUUCUUUUCAAAUGUAAAAUUGAAUUUUCUCAGGCUGUGGAUUAAUUUUUUAGAGACACAGCUAGAGAUACUGCUAAUUCAAAUAGCUUUAAGGACUCUAACUUCAAGUGAAAUUGUUAAGUUUGUUCAAGCAUGAAUCUGAAGAAACAUGAUAUUCUUGUGUACAGUGUAUAAUAUAUGGUUCUUAGAGACUUCACCUGUUUGUGUUUGAUUCUAUGUGUGGAGUCAUUCAUUUAUUGCAAGAUUGAUGUAACACCUGGCACUGGGUAAAUUAAUUUUAAAUCAUGGUAUUGAGGAAAAAUAUUGUCUGGCAUAAGGUGAGUGGUAUGACUUGUAUUAUUUAUGGUAUCAGUUCCACCAUCUCACCUAUAUGCCGGGUGAUAACAUGCAGAAUUUCUUGAAUUAUAAACUUGUUGUAUUUUGUAAUAUGGAACAUGUCCAGCUAUGGUACAGGUUCACAGAAUUUUUUUUUUCUAAAUUACAAUAUUUACAUUUUCAUCAAGGAUCUAGUUUUCAUAAUUCAAAGACUUGAGAUGUAAUUCUUUAGAAGGGUGUUUCCUUUUAUUAGGAAAGGCCAGGGAAACGGGUUUUUUCCCUACUCUUUGUUUUGCAGUAUUACCAGUAGAUAAAAAAUGUUAUUUGUUACAACUUUGUCAUUACAAAAAUGUCCAUUACAUCUAGGUCAUUUUCCAUUCAUUUUGGUACUCUGGGGCUGUAGAAUGUUUAACAUCUAUUUGGGAUUUCAUCACAUAGGGUUAUAUUAUCCUAGGGUUCUAAUGAAAAUUGUAAGGUAUGGAAACUGAACUUUGUGAGGCAUUUUUGUCAAGAGUUUUAUUUAUGUUGAAGCAUGGUAACUACCAAGAUUAACCAACACAUUGUGUCUGUUACUACUAUUCUUAGGUUGUCCAGGAGAAUUUUCAUAUUAAGUGACACACAUCUUUUUAAAACUUGCAUAGACAACCAAUAAGUGAUGUAACAAGGUAAUUUUGGUUUUCUUAACUGAGUUGAUGAAGUAGUAAAUUGGCCACCAUAAAGAGUUUCAAAGCUGAUGUUUCAAUCACUAGCCUUUCGUCACGGGGAAUGAGGAAGGGGUAACACUAAAGACAUCAGCUUUAGAAACUAAAUACAGUGGCCAAUUUACUUAAUCAACUCAGUUGAUAAAACCAAGUUAUCUUGUUAUAUUCUCCCAUGAGUGCAGUACCACAGUUUCUCUGACUAGAAACUUACCCCAUUUAUUUAUGUAUUGCAUAGAUUACUUUUUCAAUGUUUUGAAUGAGUAUCGAGGAACACUUUUGUCUGGCUGGGUACAGUUAUGUAAAAUUAUGGUGUUGAGGAAAAAUAUUGUCUGGCGUAAGGUGAGCUGUAAGACUUGUAUUAUUUAUGGUAUCAGUUCCACCAUCUCACCUACAUGCUAGAUGAUAACAUGCAGUGAUUCUUGAUUUAGAAACCUGUUAGACAUUCCAAUAUGGAACUUGCAAAAACCCUUAUCCAUAUUAACAAAAUAUAUUUAACUUUUCUAAGUUGGAGAUUAAAGAUGAACCUUUUAACUGC